ACAGACCGACAGACUGCUGGGUGCUUGGCCUGGCCAUGGGACACAGCCGGGGACAGUCCCAGCUGCUCAUGCUGCUGUUGGUGCUGUUGACCCACGUCCAGCCCCGGCAGGGCCUGGAGCGCAUGGAUUAUGUGCCCCGGCUCUGGAGCGCCACCCUGGCGGGGAGGCUCACCCAGUCCACUUUCACCCUGGAGCAGCCGCGGGGCCUGUUCAGCAGCCCCAACAUCUCCGACCGGGACACCAUCUGGCUGGUGGUGGCCCGCAGCAACGCCACCCAGAGCUUCAGGGCCCCAGAGAGUGUAGAGGACAGCCCUGCCCCUGCCGACUUCCCCCAGAGUGGCUACUACCUCACCCUGAUGGCCUACCGGGCGCUCUACCCCGGGGGCCAGGCCAGCAGCCAGCUCCAUGUCCUCCGUGUGGGCAACGACACCCGCUGUGCCACGACGACUAGGGGCUGCAACCACCCCCUGCCGGACUCAGGCCCCUACAGGGUGAAGUUCCUGGUGAUGAAUGACAGGGGACCCGUAGCUGAGACAGAGUGGUCCACGGAGACCCGACUGCCCCAAGCCCAGGCGCUCCAGGUUGUUCGGGGGGCCCAGAGCGCGGGCACCGUUGUCAUCAUCGCCAUCCUGUCGAUCCUCCUCGCUCUCCUCCUCACCGCCCUCGUCGCUGUGCUCACAUACACCUGCUUCGACAGCUGCAGGAGCACGCCCAUCUCGGGCCCAAGGGAGACAGUGAGUGUCAGGAGAUACACCACCCAUGAUGCGUUCAGCACUCCCGCCGUGGGGGGCUCCUGAGGGCCUCCGGGGGACGCCAUCUGCCCCACAGCCUCUCUCUGGCCCGGGUUCUGCAGCCUGGGCUGGGAAACAGCCUGAAGCUUCCAGAGCCCUGGAAGAGAUUGUUUCUAGAUGAGGCUGGGGGAAGGUGUCCUUAGCCCAAAGCUUGGGCCAGUCCCUGUAAGAAAUAAAUGUCCCCAACACCUCC